AUGUCCCACGAAGAAGAACAGGACGAGGACUACUUCCUCCCGCUAGAAGACCAGCGCGUCUUCGGCGCUGGCAUCCGUCGCAAACGCGUGCCGUUUGUGCGCUCGUCCGAGCAUGAGCUCAACACCACCGUUCCGUCAUCAUCAUCAGCAGCCUCCACUCCGUUCGCUACAAGCAUCGCAGACAAGUACCUGUCGAUCGUGCUGAAACCGAAGACUUCUACUUCGCCGAGUACACCCACCGAAGAGGCUUCUAUUACGCUGCUACCUCCUCGUUCAACGCACUCUGCACCUCCAGCUGCGGAAGCUGUUGCUCCGCCGCCACCACCACCUCUACUUCCUCCAACAGACCCGGGGACGGAAACAGACACCGAGCAACGAUGUGAAGUGUGCAACCUUCCACUAUCCACCUCUACGUCAUCCGCAGAAACACCAUCAGCCCCAUCAUCUUCAUUAUCAACUCACCGUCCCCACGAAGCCUCCCUAGCACACCAAGUCUGUCUGACGCACUCCCACCCACCAUCCCACCUCGACCGCACACGCGCCGGCCUACGGUAUCUCUCCACAUAUGGCUGGGACCCAGACAGCCGAAUCGGGCUCGGCGCGCCCGGCCGCGAAGGCAUCCGGGAGCCGCUGAAGGGGCAGGUGAAGAACGACACUGUCGGGCUUGGAGUGAGAGUGGGCCGUGACGCAGAUGGGGAUCGGAUCCCUGUGCAUCGUCGUCCGGUGUCGCCACCGAAGAAGAAGGUGCAGAGCUUGAAUUCUAAACAGAUGCGGAAGCAGGCUGCUGAGGCACGGAAGAGGGGCGAUCGGUUGAGGAAUCUGUUUUUUCAGAGUGAUGAUGUGUUGAAGUUUUUGGGUGAAGGGCCUUAG